AUGGCGCUCAAGGGCUUCAUUGCUAUCCUGACCAUCGUCCUCUGGGGACAACUUGCCUAUAGCGAGACGCUGACACUGUCUGAUUGUGCUGCCAACUGCACCUCCGACAUCACCAGCCGAUUUUCAGGCUGCAAGUUCGGCAUCCAAUGCUUCUGCACCGAUCCUCCGCUCUUCGACCUGGGGAAGCAGUGUUGGGAGUCCAACUGCACCGUCCGUGAAGCAUUGACCGCUGAAAAUGUCACCUCCAUCAGCUGCAACUUCCCCGACAGGGACCGCGGACCGGCGAGCAGCGCCGUCACCUUCACUUCGAUGGCCGUGGCGCUGUGUCUGGUCGCCACGCGCAUCGUUGCGAUGUCUCCUGACUUCAGGGUGCUAUGGGGAUGGGAUGAUGUGCUGGUUGGCCUUGCGACCCUCUUGAUGAUUGGCAAUGCUGUCUGCAAUCCCAUUUCAAGACACUAUGGCUACGGCCGCGACACCUGGCGUCUGCCCUUCGACGACACGAGGACCGUCGAGAUGAUAUUCUACAUUGGCGGCGUCCUCUAUGCUGUGGGCAUUGCGAGCACGAAAGUCGCAUUCCUCGUCUUCUACAUCAAGCUCUUUUCCUCCAGGAUAUUUCGCUGGGUGGCAUUCCCUCUGCUGGUAGCGACCGUUCUCCACGGCCUUACGUUCACCUUCCUCUUCAUCUUCCAAUGCAGCCCCGUAUCCUACGCCUGGACACAGUGGGACGGCACCGGGCAGGGCAAGUGUCUCAACUUCGACCUCGGCGCCGUCAUGCAUGCCAUCACCAACAUCUUACUCGACCUGCUGAUCUUCGCUCUGCCGAUCUGGCAGCUGUGGAGUCUGAGCCUGUCCAAAAGAAAGAAGUUCCAGGUUAUAUCCAUGUUCUGCGUGGGAUUCUUGUAA